UUAUAAUGUGACACACAGAGGAAACUGAAGUCUGGCGCUACGUCUAAGUUAGCCGCUUGUUGAAGCUGCAAAACGGUUGCGUUCGCGUAUAACAGAGAAAUAUUUGAGCUGUCAACGUAACGAUGUGUUCCGUUGAGUAUUUGCGAGAGUUUGUUAGCGAGAGACUAACGGCUGCUGCUGAAGAGAUAUUCGGAGUCUUUGUUAAAACGAUGGUCCAGAAUGAGGCCGAGAUCAAUCAGCGCAGACUGCAGGAUAUCACUGUGAAGUUCCCCAAAAUAAAGUUACACAGAAUCGACCUCCCACAACUUGUCAUUAAUAAUAAAGAGGAGGUUCUUAUAGAGCAGCAGCAGCACUGUAACCAGGAGAGGAACUCCAGAUUGGUCCAGGAGGAAGCAGCGCCUCUACUGAUAAAAGAGGAGCAAGGGGAAGACUGUUCCAUGGACACCAAAGACCAGCAAGGAACUCAACACAUAGAAAUGGAAUCGACCACCAAUGAGGAGCUGAAGCCAAAGAAGAAAUGUCACAGAACCAAAAAUUACAAUGUGGACGUCUCUCCCAUGUCAGGGAGUCACUGUAACAUGGACACAGACCAGCUCCAGCAAUAUGUCUGCAAGGAGGAGGUUCUCGAGGACUUGUACCUCUUUAACCUGGAGAACUCUGGUCUGGAUCAGCAGGACGUUGGAUCGGCUCAGAUUAAAGAGGAAUGGACGGAACUUUGCACAAGUCAGGAGAGACAGGAGCUUGUAAUUGACCAGGAAACCAAUCCGUUAACAGUAACUUGUAUUUAUGAGGAACAAAACUACUGCCAGCCGAAACCAACCAGUCACCUGCUCCUCUCUCACAACUCUCUACAUCAAAAAAGAACGUCCACAGAUGAGAAACCAUAUUCUUGCAACACUUGUGGGAAAAGAUUUAAAUAUGCAUCAAAGCUAAAAAUACACACGAGCAUUCACACAGGUGAGAAGCCAUUCUCGUGUGACGCAUGUGGGAAAAAAUUCAGGAGAAAGGAUAACUUGUUGGUCCAUAUAAGAACUCACACCGGUGAAAAGCCAUAUUCCUGCAGUAUUUGUGGGAAAGCAUUUAGAGACAGCUCAAAUCUGAUAUAUCACAUUAGAUUUCACACAGGUGAGAAGCGAUACUCGUGUGAAACAUGUGGGAAAAGAUUUUAUCAUAAAGGCAAUUUAACCGUGCACAUGGCGACGCACACAGGUAUAAAACCUUACCACUGCAAGAUUUGUGGAAAAAGAUUUGCUUGCUUAGCAAACUUGAAAAUUCAUGCAAGGACUCACACAGGUGAGAAGCCAUAUUCUUGUGCAACAUGUGGCAAAACUUUUAGUCAGAGUACAAAUCUGAAAUUCCACACAAAAAUCCACACAGGUGAGAAGCCAUAUUCUUGUAAAACAUGUGGGAAAAGUUUCAUUCAAAUGAGGGAUUUGACCGUGCACAUAAGGACCCACACAGGUGAGAAGCCCUAUUCCUGUGUAACCUGUGGUAAGAGCUUCAGUCAGAACAGUCAUUUGAAUGUCCACAUGAGAACUCACACAGGUGAAAGGCCAUUUUCUUGCAAAACUUGUGGUAAGACUUUCAGUCAAAAUAGUCAUUUGACUGUCCACAUGGGGUCUCACACCACUGAGAGUUCUUGCAAAACAUUUGCAAGAACUUUUAGUCAAAAUGAGAACUCACACAGCUGAGAGGCAGCACCUUUGCAAAUCUAGCAAAGGUUUCAGUUCCAUGUCAGCAGUUAGCAAAGAACCACAUUAAAGUGGAUCUCUAUACACUGUUAGCUUCUUUACUUGAAUCUAUGAAACAUGCCAAUGACAGCAGAGUUUGACAGACAUAAAAGAGUAUUUUGCAUCAGCAAGGAGCUAUUAGCUGAAAAUGUAGCAUAGUGUGCAGUGUGUCCUUAAAUAACUUGAAACUACUCAAGAAAGUAUCGCAGUAAUAGGGUGACUGCCAUUCUUAGAAAGGAAAACCUCAAGGAUGCUAAAUUACACAAGAAUUAGACUGAAAAUCAGCAGCACCAGGGCAUUUGGGGUGAGACUCCAAAUUUUGGGUCAAAAGUCAUCCAUACAUACAGGAGAGGGGUACAAAAGCCAGUUUAAACAGCCGUAUGUAAAACAUGGUGGAGGCUCUGUGAUGAUUUGGAGCUGCAAUUCAGGCAGUGGUGUAAAGGAUCCUGUCAAAGUGGGAUCAUCUUAUAAACCUUUUAAAACAUGGCUCCAGUGCAUAUAUGCAUAUACACUGGAGCCAUUGUAUGUAAAUAUGUAUAUACAUAUGUAUAUACCAAUAUCAUGUAGGUCAUAGUCUGAGUUGUCACUGUGUUUAAAUUUGUCUUCAAACACUGAAAAUGGUGUGAAUCUUGGAAACAUUUAUCUGUUGAAAAUCUUUUGUUUCUGUUUUUUGUGAGUUCUGAACAUUUUUGUCCCACCUUGUUCCAGACUUUCAGUUUUGACACAAAUCAAAUUUUAAUGUUAUCAUUAAAACUUGAUUUGUGUCAAAACUGCCUUUUAAACUAACUUCCUUUUGUCAACGAGGUUUCGUUAAGUUCUGUAUGGUCAACGUACACUGAUACUAAUGCAAACGGAAAACAUAACAUUCACAGGGGUCCAAUAAAAAUAAACACUAUGUAGGAAAAUCAAACAAACGGAUUUGUAAUAAAUCAUCCUGAAAUAAACCCCAUAUGUGUGACGGUGUUUGUGCAAAGUUUCUGUGGCGUGAUUAAGGCACGGCAGGACCACAGAUUGUAAUUAUGAGCUAUUUAUUUACAUCACAUCACACCACAACAACCCUCUCAACCCUGCGUCCCCGUGAUUUAACACCGUGGGCGUGAUCUGCAGAUGCCAUGCAUCGCAGACCACGCCUCACUACAGUUUCGUUCAGAUUGGCCCAGCCGUUAAGGAGGAGAUGGGGUACGUACAGAUGUGUACGUGCAUACGUUGUGAUUAUUAUAGUAAGAAGAUGGUAGUAAUCAGGGCUGGCUCUACGCUGGGGCAAUAGGGGGCAACAGCCCCUUAAACAAACAUCCUGCCCCCUUAAGUCAAACUUUUAGAAGUUGAAGGAAAAUAACAGAUUACCCACAAACUGAAUAUGGACAAGAUUUACUACAUGUACUACAGUAGCUCUCGUUCGCUCUUUCCCUCCCUGCUCUGUGUGCAGGCUCACACAGCACUCAGCAGAGAUCCCACCCCCCAGCUAAACAUCCAAUCACUGUCAGUAUGCAAAUGAGCCGGUGUCGAGUUUCUCAGUGUGCAGGGCAGAGCAAAAUGAAGCAGCAAACCAAUGUCGUCCAAAUCACAGCGACUCGUGAGAUAAUAAAAAAAUACAUCUAUAUUUGUACAGUCAGUGACUGUUGUUUCAGUACACAAGUGUUUCUCUCUGUGAGCCUGUCUGCUGCACCCACUGGAGGACCUGUGUCUGUCAGACCCCGACACAAAGCGUGAUAGGUCCUAGACCCCUGUCGUCGCACCAUGUUACACAAAAGAAAGAGGAAUUUGGUGGUCUUGGCCCAUGACAAGUCCAUAACAUAUAACUUGGAUAUGGAUGAAUCUGUGAGGGAAGCAGGAAGCUGCUGUUGUAGAGUGGAGGCGUUCAGUUACAAACAGAGUUCAGUUCCUUCCAAAACACACAAGCUUAAAACAAGAAGGAAAAAACUCAAAUGUUCUGUUUUGUUCUACAAAUUAGUUUGAGAAUUUUAGGACAUGGGAGACAUGGUGAAUUGAAAUUUUAUUUAAUCUUAUUUUAUUCUUACUUUGACCCUAAAAGCUAGACCAGCGGAAGCUUCGCCUUCAGGUGGGACACGCAAGUUGGUCCGGUCUUAGGGUAGAGGCCUCACAAAGUGCAAUCCAAUAACUUGACAAAAACAGUUAUCCAGAGCAUCUCACCCCUUUCUGACCUCUGUUGCCACUGUGUGCCUCCUUUACAUUUCUUUCUGCACCCUCAUAUAUCAGGGUUCGUACGGGUGCUUGAAAUCCUUGAAAAUGCUUUAAUUCUAAUGUCGUCUUUUCAAGGUUUGAAAAAUGCUUGAAUUUCAGAU